GCCCCGCCCCGCAACUCCAGCUUUGCAACAGCAUACUGUUACGACUCGCAGACAAAAAUGGCCAGCCAACAGCAAGUAAACCCCAAGAGGCAACAGGAGCUCCAGCUCCAAUACUCAAAUUACAAAAACACACUGCAACAGAUGGCGCAGAAGAUUGGGGAUAUUGAGCAGGAAGCAGAGGAACAUAAGCUUGUCAUCGAGACGCUCGAACCCCUCCCUGAAGAGAGAAAGUGUUUUCGCAUGGUGAAUGGUGUUCUGGUUGAGCGGACAAUCAAAGACGUCCUACCUACAUUGAAGACCAACUCCGAUGGCCUGAAGCAAGUGUUGGAAGAGCUGUUGAAGCAGUACAAGUCGAAGCAGACGGAACUGGACAACUGGAAGAAAAAGAACAAUAUCCAAGUCGUACAACCUUGAACCUAAUUUGAUUUGUAUUAGCGAUUCGUUGUCUGCCCCUUUCUAAUGUCAUGUAAUGGUUCAUCGGGAGAUAGAGGGAGAGCAAAAUGGCGUUACCAGGAGUCUGAAAACAGGUCCGAAUCUGUCGACAGGCCUUCGUAGCUUUUGCGCUAGAGCCGCGAUAGAACUCGCCUGCGUCGCGAAACCGGCCAAAUAGUCCAGUUGCGUAUACAAUGCCAACCUAUGGAACUAGGUAGGCGAUGAGAAAGGAACGGAUAGACAUGUUUGUUCGCCCCCGUGUCUAUAUUACAGGCCAGGGACUGACGCAGUGAUAGUUAUGUAUUGGAAUCUGUCAUUGCAAACUAUUCUUUCUCGAGUUUCUAGACGCCACCCUGGUGAAGACAAAUCCAAGCAAUAUGAGCCCCUACAGAGCAAAUAAACCAGUCUCUCCAGUAGAAUAUCCCCACCCCUCAAAUAUUACUCUUGCUCUUG